AUGGCAUCUGUCUCAAGUGCCGCCGAGGCCGUGGCGAGAAUCGCCUACCUCACUAGUGAUGUCGUUCUUUCUGUGCAGCCCUCUCUGCAGAACGACUCAUUGUUCUCCAAGUCUCUCAAGGCCUUGAAGGCUAACAAGACGAGCAAUGUCUCAUCAAAAAGCACACAUGUCCAAGCUGUGCGCUACAACGAGGACCCUCUCCUGUCCGCUUUCACCCCUCUGCGAAACGGUGAUCUUACCUCAGUGGUCACUAGCUCCUCUGUCCUGAUCACCGCCGUUCCUCACCUCUACCGUCUUGCCAACAACCCUGUCGUCAUCCACGUUGCCCUGGAGCCCUCUCCCUUCCCCGAUUACUCAGUGAUCAGCUCCAUCCGGCAAUCCGGCUUCACAUUCCUGCACUCUGAGACUGUGCAGGAGGCUCAGGAUAUCGCUAUCACAGCCCACGCCCUUGCUCAGAAGUCUGGAAAGGGUGUGAUCCACUUCUUCGACCCCGCCAACUCGGCCAAGGACCCCUCCAUUGCCACCGAGGAUAUCGAGGUCAUCAAGAAAGUUCUCAACAUCAGCACCAAUGUUGCGACUCCCGCUGGAGCUGAUACCCUCUACGCCGACUCCGGCCGUGUGGCCACUGUCAAUGCCGAAACCCUGGAGGCCCCCACUGGCCAAGAGUCCACAACCUUGGCCCCUCCCUCUCAACCUCAGACUCCUUUCAACGCUAGCGUUGACAACUCAUCAGUGGGUUCUUCGCGGAGGGACAGCAGUGCUGGCAGCGAAGCCCCAAGCUCGACUGCCACUACCGUGGACAAUGCCAGCAGCACCCGACCUGUCAACGCCGCCGACAUCUUCGACUGGACGGCUCAGAUCUGGAACACUUUGUUCGAGGAGGUGGGCCGCAGAUACAACGCCAUUGAGUACACUGGAACCGCCAAUGCCAAGUCUGCCAUCUUUGUCUUCGGUUCAACUGGUGUCUUCGUUGAUGCCCUGGCCAACGCUAGCGCUCAACCUGAGCUUGAGAACAUUGGUUUGAUCACUGCUCGUCUCUACCGCCCUUGGGUUGGCGGCCAGAUCUCCGGCUCGAUCCCAAGCUCCGUUGAGAGGAUCGCUGUUCUCGAGCAGGUUCGCAAGACUACCAAGUGGGGUCCUUCUUUCAUGGAUCUCCUCUCCAGUCUUACCCCCGCCGGUGUGCGCGGCCAGACCCCCCAGAUCGUUGGAUACCGUCUUGGCUAUAUUGAGCCCUCUACCGCUGUCCAGGCCCUCCGCGGUGUCUUGCAGAACUUGACCUCUGAAUCUCCUAUCCAAAACCUCGAAAUUGGAAGCUCUCAGGUCCCCACUAUCCAGAAUGCCCUCGAGCAGCCUCGCAUUGAGAACGCUUACUUGAAAAUUCUCAACCAGCUCUUCGGUGAGCGUCUUCACAUUGCCAACGAGCUUGGCUCACAGAACGCUGGUGUCUCGAGCACCAUUGCUGCAAGCCCCGAGUACGGUUUCGGAUCUCUGCUGGCUCGCCAGGAGCACCGCCAGCGCUUCAUCCGCGAAGUUGAGGAGGCUUCCAAGUCCACCACCUUUGCCACCGACGUUCCCAAGACUUGGUUGUCUCGCUGGGCUCUGAAUGUCAAGGAUGCCGCUAAGGCCAACAAGAUCGCCCCCGAGGUCAUUGCCCGUCUUUCUAACGAUGGCUCUUCUCUUUCCCGCCAGCUUUUGCAGUCCAAGAAGCUCUUCUACGACGAGUCUGAUUGGCUCAUUGGUUCCGAUGCCUGGGCUUAUGAUUUCGGCAACUCCGGUGUUCACCACGUUCUAGCCUCUGGUGCCAACGUGAACAUGCUGAUAAUCGACUCUCAGCCCUACUCCGAGCGCUCUGCCGCUGACUCCACUCGCCGCAAGAAGGACAUUGGUCUUUACGCCAUGAACAGGGGCAACGCCUACGUCGCGUCCGUUGCUGUCUACAGCUCCUACACCCAGGUCCUCCAGGCCAUGUCCGAGGCCCAGCAGUUCAAGGGUCCCUCCGUCGUUGUUGCCUACCUUCCUUACAACCAAGAGAAUGACUCCGCUCUCACUGUGCUGCAGGAGACCAAGAAGGCUAUUGAUCUGGGCUACUGGCCUCUGUACCGCUGGAACCCCGACAACGAGGACAAGGGCGAGCCUAAGUUCGCUCUCGACUCUGAGCGUAUCAGGCGUGAGCUUGAGGAGUUCCUGCGCCGUGAUAACCAGCUCACUCAGCUGAUGAACCGCCACCCUAAGUACGCACCUGUGCUUUCUGAGUCCUACGGUACUGAGGUACGAGCUCUCCAGAAGAGAAACGCCAAGGAUUCCUACGAGAAGCUCUUGGACGGCCUCUUCGGUGCUCCUCUGACUAUUCUCUUCGCCUCCGACAACGGUAACGCUGAGAGCCUUGCUAAGCGUCUUGGAAACCGUGGACGCGCUAGAGGUCUGAAGACCAUGGUCAUGGCCAUGGAUGACUUCCCCAUCGAAGACCUCCCCACCGAGGAGAACGUUGUGUUCAUCAGCAGUACUGCUGGCCAGGGUGAAUUCCCUGUCAAUGGACGUGGUCUCUGGGAGCACGUCAAGAACGCUGGUGACCUCGACUUGUCUUCCAUCAACUACUCCGUUUUCGGUCUUGGUGACAGCCACUAUUGGCCCCGCAAGGAGGACAAGGCUUACUAUAAUAAGCCCGGAAAGGACCUUGAUGCUCGCGUUGCGUUCCUGGGUGGUCGCAAGCUGACCGACAUCGGUCUUGGUGACGACCAGGACCCUGAUGCCUACCAGACUGGUUAUUCCGAGUGGGAGCCUCGUCUCUGGAAGGCCCUGGGUGUCGACAACGUUGAGGGUCUACCCGAGGAGCCUGCUCCUAUCACCAAUGAGGACAUCAAGAUCGGUUCCAACUUCCUUCGUGGUACCAUCGCUGAGGCUCUUCUGGAUGAGAGCACUGGUUCUAUCCCCGCCAGUGAUCAGCAGCUGACCAAGUUCCACGGUACCUACAUGCAGGAUGACCGUGACCUUCGCGAUGAGCGCAAGGCCCAGGGUCUUGAGCCUGCCUACAGCUUCAUGAUUCGCUGCCGUCUCGCCGGUGGUGUUGCCACUCCCAAGCAGUGGCUGCAGAUGGAUGCUAUUGCCAGCUCGCACGGUAACGAGACCAUGAAGCUCACCACCCGACAGACCUUCCAGUUCCACGGUGUGAUCAAGCGCAACCUUAAGGGUGCCAUGCGUGCCAUCAACAACUCCAUGAUGGACACUCUCGCUGCCUGCGGUGACGUGAACCGUAACGUCAUGUGCAGUUCUCUUCCCGAGCUCUCUUCCUUCCACCGCGAGACCUGGGAGUGGUCCAAGAAGAUCAGUAACCACCUCCUUCCCUCUACCACCGCCUAUCACGAGAUCUGGCUGGAGGAUGAGGAUAAGAAGAAGGUUCAGGUUGCCGGCGAUGCCAUCGUUGACCACGAGCCCCUCUACGGUGCUACCUACCUUCCCCGCAAGUUCAAGAUCACCAUUGCCAUUCCUCCUCACAACGACACUGAUGUCUACGCUCACGACAUUGGUCUCAUUGCCAUCAAGGGCGCUGACGGCCAUCUGGAGGGCUUCAACGUGCUGGCUGGUGGUGGUAUGGGAUCCACCCACAACAACACCAAGACCUACCCCCAGACUGGUCGCAUGUUCGGAUACAUCCCCGCCGACAAGAUCCACAUCGUUUGCGAGAAGAUCAUGCUCGUGCAGCGUGACAACGGUGACCGCAAGAACCGCAAGCACGCCCGUAUGAAGUACACCAUCGACGAUCUCACCGUCCCUGUCUUCCGCAGCAUGGUCGAGGAGCUUCUCCCCGAGGGCCUCAAGUUCGGCGAGCCCCGUGCCUUCGAGUUCAAGUCCAAUGUCGACACCUUCGGCUGGAUCAAGGACGACACAGGCCUCAAUCACUUCACCAUGUUCAUUGAGAACGGUCGUAUUGAGGAUACUUCCGACUUCAAGAUGCGCACUGGUCUGCGCGAGCUUGCCGGUCUUGGCAAGGGAGAGUUCCGUCUCACUGGUAACCAGCACUUGAUGAUCUCUCGUGUUACCGACGAAGAUCUCCCUCUCAUUAAGGAAACCUUGGCUAAGUACAAGCUUGACAACACCGCUUUCUCUGGUCUGCGUCUGUCUUCCUCUGCUUGUGUUGCCUUCCCUACUUGCGGUCUUGCCAUGGCUGAGUCCGAGCGUUAUCUCCCCGUCCUGAUCUCCAAGCUCGAGUCUACCCUCGAGGAGGUUGGUCUUGCCCGUGACAGCAUUGUGAUGCGUAUGACUGGUUGCCCCAACGGUUGUGCUCGUCCCUGGCUCGCCGAAGUGGCCUUCGUCGGAAAGGCCUACGGUGCUUACAACAUGUACCUGGGCGGUGGCUACCACGGCCAGCGUCUGAACAAGCGCUUCCGCUCGUCCAUCAAGGAGGACGAGAUCCUCGAGAUCAUGAGAGACCUUCUCAAGCGCUACUCUCUCGAGCGUAACACCGACGGCGAGACUCCUGAGCGCUUCGGUGACUGGUGUAUCCGCGCUGGUGUCAUCAAGGCCACCACUGACGGACAGAACUUCCACGCUGGCAUCGCCGAAGACGAGGAAGAAGAAGAGAAGUAA